AUGUCGAGCGGGAGCGAGAGCACGUCAGCGCCAGAAGCACUCCAUGUAGAGGCUCCUAAAUCACCGAUUUAUGGCGAAGGCUCUUCGCUCCGUUCUCGUUCAAAACGCUCCCUACAUGCCCACCAUGCUACAGAUACCCUUUUGUCUCGCAAGCCUAUCGACACAUUCCGCUCGACCGUCAAAAAGAUCAUCGCCAUGCAACGCAGUACCAAUAUCAUCGCUUCCUUUGGGGCUGGGGCUGAACCUGGCGUUGACCCCCGCCGUGCUUCAAUGGAAGUACAAUACCGUUCCGUGCAACACGACUGCCAAAUCGAGGUCGUCGACUACUCUGCCGUUUCGGAAAAGUCCAUGCACAUGGGGAACAAGCAGUUCGUUAGCUGGUGUGAAAGCUCGAAAAGCCAGCGGCCACCUUGGGUCAAAGUCAGGUGGAUAAAUAUCGCCGGUAUUAGCUGGGAUGUCAUUAAAGCCUUGUCUCUCAAGCAUGAGCUUCACCCGUUGGCACUGGAAGACGUGUUACACAGGCGUCCAGAGAACCUUUCGAAAGCGGAAUAUUUCCUUCACCACCUUUUCCUCCGCAUCCUCAUCCACGACGUCGAGGGCGAAGGCAACAAGGCCGGAUUCACAGCUGAUGAAUGGUCUCAAGACCCUUCAGCAUCACACAGCGAAAAUGCCAUUCGGGAACGACAAAUCGAGCAGGCCAAAAUCGAUGCUCUCAAGCAGGGCACGUUGCGUGUUUCGGUUACCCCCAUGUUUAUCUUCCUGUUCCGCGAUGGCACCGUCAUCUCCCUCACCCAACGCGCGCCACCCGGUCUCACGCUGCCCAUCAGCGAGCGACUUCGCCGUGCGGACACUAUUCUAAGGCAGUCCGCAGACCCUAGCUUGCUUGUACAGAGUUUGAUAAGUUUGGUCGUCGAUAAAGCUGUCCAAGUCAUCGACUCGUACCACCAGCAAAUCUCUGACAUCGAGCGCCAAAUUCUCAUCAAGCCGAAACCAACAACGGUGCGAAAACUUCACAUUGUUUCUGGCGACCUUGUCCUGCACAAACGCACGCUUGAGCCUAUUAAGACCCUUGUUUACGGGCUAAGGCGGUACGACGUUGACCGAUGUGCUGCCCUUGUCGACCAGAGUGACCCUAAGAUGAAGGGCAAGAAGAUUGUUGGGUUCAUGAGCCACAAGAGCAAGAUAUAUUUGGCCGACACGUUCGACCACACAGAGUAUAUUCUCAGCACUCUGGACAUGAUUGCAGGCAUUGGCGACAGCUUGACAGACUACAGCUUCAAUAUGGCAUCUUACUCGAUGAAUGAUACGAUGCGUGUCUUGACUAUGAUCACCAUCAUCUGUCUUCCUCUAACCUUCGUCUCGGGGUACUUUGGUAUGAACUUUGAUGGUGUUACUUGGACAACCGAGUGGACCGACGUCUUAUUCUGGAUUAUUGCGCUCCCCUGCGUGAUCGUCAUCUCUCCGCUCUUCAUCAUACCCGACAUCAAGCGCAUGAUACACUACUUCCGGACAAGGAGGCUUCUCUCCACAACGGCGAAUCGGUUCCGAUAA